AUGGAGCCCACGCCUCUCACGGACCCACACGCCUACCUCGCGCUGUUCAAGUUCAACCGCCGCCUCGCCGAAUGUCCGCGCACGGGGAUGGCUGUGUCGUUCGCGGACAUCGGCGACCCGGAGGGUGUGCCAGUGCUUUUCGUGCCGCCAUCGGGCUGCUCGCGCUGGUUCGCCGCGCCGCAAGAUCCGCUGGCGGCAGGACACGGCAUCCGCCUCAUCGUAGUGGAUAGACCGGGGACAGGCGCGACGCCGAUGGUGCCGCUUCCCGAGCGCAUGAACACCAGCUGUCAACAUAUUGCGUCGGUUCUCGAACAUCUCGACGUGAAGCCUGCCCAUAUGCUCGCAACGAGCGCAGGCAUCUACAUCGCCCUCCGCCUUCUCUCCGCAUAUUCAGGCAUCUUUCUUACGGGUCUCACGCCGCCGCCCUCUGUGUAUCUGGUAUCGCCAUGGUCACCGCCCUUGCCUGCCACAGAUCCGCUCGCAUACCGCCAACUUCUCGACUGGAUCCCCAGUGGCGUCCUCACGACGCAGGACACCACCCUCCCUUUCGUGUUCAACACGAUCCGCGGGGCGGAAGAGGCGUACGAUGCGACAUCCAAGGCUGUCGGCGGGGCAGUCACGGCCGUGAAGAGCUGGUUGGGAGCGUGGAGCCAGCCCGUAAGCCCCGCCCCCUCCACCCGGAGUCUGGAGGGGAGUGAGCGCCACAGUCUGAAGGAGAGUGAGCGGCACAGUCUGGAGGAGGCGCGCGAGGACGGCGCAGAGGCUGCCAACGAGUUGGACGAGCAGGAGGGGGACGAGGCGCCCCGCCGACGCCUUUGGGCGCCCAGCGCCAAAUACGUGAGUCUCCGUUCGGCGCCGCUGACCCAGCUCACGACCGAAUACCUGUACGCAGAAGACUUCCGGGGAAUAGGGCAGGAGCACAUGCUCUGCUUGAACCGCGGGGAAAUUGACACCGGGCCGGCGUGGUUCAAAGCUGAGAUUGACGCUGUUGCCGCGGCCGUGCGGCGUGAACAGCAGGGCGGGGAGGAUAGCUGCGCGAAGGAGGCGAGCGGAGAGAGCGUCGAGCAGUCCGAGCCCGGCGUGGAUUCUCUCAACCAGACAGAUCAGCAUGUGGAGGAUGAUGAGCAGGAGGAGCGCGAGAAGGUGGAAUACGAUGACAAGCCCGCCCCCAAGCUCGACCGCCUCCCAAUCGACGUGUGGUGGGGCGGGUUGGAUGGUAUGGUCCCGCGCAACGGCCAGGAAUGGCUCAACAAGACGUUCGCAGCCCACCCGCGUGAGAUCGCAUUCGUGUCUCACUUUGUCGAGGACGGAGAUCAUAGCGACCUCAUCAUGCGCGCGCAGGGUGUCGGAGAAGUGUACCUCUCUGUCAUGGCCACGGGGCACACCACGGCGCGAUGA